GAUGUUACUCACGCACACGGUCGGUCUGGGCUACGACGUCGCCGAUCCGGACCUCAUGAAGUGGCACAAGGCCGUCGGCCGUACCGUGACGAACCUCGACGCCACCCUCGACGGUUUCACCACGCCCCUCAAGUUCACCCCCGGCGAGGGAUGGUACUAUGGUACCGCCGUCGAUUGGGCGGGCCAGGCACUCGAGCGCAUCACCGGCAAGAGGCUCGGCGCUUACCUCUCGGAGAACAUCUUCGCGCCCUGCGGCAUGCGAGAUACAGGGUUCUGGCCCAAGAAGCUGCCCCACGUCGCCGAGCGGACGGCGGCGUGGCAGCACCGCGGCGGUGACGGAUCGUCCCUGGCCCCCGGCCCGGGUACGCGCAACGUCGCCGAGGACGCCAUCGAUAGCGGCGGCGCGGGGCUGUGGACCACCGCCCAGGACUACGGCGCGUUCCUGCAGGCGCUGCUGAGCGGCGCCCUCGUCAGCAAGGAGACGUUGGGGGAGAUGGCGAUGCCCCAGCUGGACGAGAAGCAGGCCAAAAUGCUGAAGGAGAUCGCGGACCUCUGGGGUUCUCUCGCGGUGGAGUUCUCGUCGGACAUGGAGCUCAAUCACAGCCUGGCUGGGUGCGUCAACAUGAGCGACGCGCCGGGGAAGCGAAAGAAGGGGAGCCUGCAGUGGAGCGGCAUGUGCAACAGCCACUGGUGGAUGGACCACGAGACGGGCGUCGCGGGCGCGUUGAUCGUACAGUCUGUUCCGCAUGGCGACCCGGUUGUAAGCAGGUUGUAUGAUGAGCUGGAAAAGGCAGUGUACAGGGAGCUCCUCGGUCAAUAGAGGAGUA